CGUCAGAAGCUGAAGCUGUUCUGUCAAUGGAUGUGACCAACUCUACCACAGCGGCCGUGGCUUUGCAUCAAGCCGUCAUCUGUGUUGCCUUCACACUCAUAUUCCUCAUCGGCCUGUUAGGGAAUGGGAUGGUGAUCUGGAUUAUUCUGUGCACCAUGAAGCAGCGUUUUCCCACCGUCAUUUUGAUACUGAACCUGGCUGUUGCAGAUUUCUCAGUCCUCAUCACCUUACCGUUUUGGAUUUACUCAUACGGCGAUAGGUGGGUUUUUGGAGCAUCUUUCUGCACCGGUCUGUUGUACCUGGUCCACAGCACCAUGUUCGCCAGUGUGUUCUUCAUUAUGGUGAUGAGCAUUGAGCGGUUAGUGGCUGUACUGUACCCAUUCACUGCUCAGAAGUGUUGGAGACAUGGUCUAGUAAGGAACGCCAUCAUCAUGGUCUGGGCUAUAUCGUUUCUCCUGGCCGUUCCUGUCCUUACAGAACGCAGAGCAGCGCAAGCUGAAACUCCCCACUGUUCACAGUUGCAGGACAGUUCUCAGCAACAGGAAGGGCUCCUUUUGUUCGAGACUUUAGUGGGUUUUGCCAUUCCGUUUCUCACAUUGUCGGUCUGCAAUGCGCUGGUUGCAAAACGCAUCGACAGGAUGACUUUUCAAGGCAAAAGCAAGUCGGUCAACGUGACCAUAAGGGUCACAAUAGCGUUUGCAGUUUGCUGGCUGCCCUAUCACAUCAGGAACCUGUUCAUCAUCUCCUCAGCACUCUCGAAGAGCUCGAGCCCAGAAGCCUCCAAGAUGUUGCUACAGCUCGCUGAGAAAAUCGAGAACUUGGUUGGAGCUCUGGCGGUGUCUAACAGCUGCAUCAAUCCCAUUCUGUACGCGUUUGCUGCUCGUAGAAUCCAGAAUAAUUUUAUGAUCUCUGGGAUUGCAAAACUCUUUCAACAACUGCACAACUCUUCCGCAAAUAAGUACGCCAAGGAAUCAACUAGCCGAAGAGCCAAUUCACAGCAGUCCAGCUGUUAAGGAUUGUUUGUUUAUUUUACACAUGCAAAUCUGUGCAAUGGUGUAUGUAAACCAUAAAGGUAAACUUUGAUGAUGCUUUUUUUUCCUGAUGCAGUGCUUAGAUUGACAGCAAGUGUAGGGCUUUCAACAGUAGGCCUUCUCUCAGUAGAUAAAAAGAUCACAGUUUAAAAUACAGAGGCAAGAUUUAUUGACAUUUUUCUGCAGCGAUUUUGCAUGCAUCUUGCUUUGUUAUCAACGACCUUAGUUUCUACAAUUGUAAGUUUGAAGAGAUUUGGAAACAUAUACCCAGUCUUUGGUAUUUUGAAUUAAGAUUCUAAUGCUGUAGUUUGAUUAGCAAACAGUGAUGAAUGAUAAUUUAUUCAUUAAGAUUUGAUUAGCAACUCUAUCCCCAAAUUGUGCAUUGAAAAGGGGUCAUUCAAGUUGUCAUAUCUGUUACACAGAAGAAGUACCUAAUGAAUACUUUUGUGAGAAGUAAAAGAGAUAAAUUGCUGACUCAGUUCACUGCUAGGUAUAAUUGAGUCAUGUCAAGCUAACUAUCCCUUGGCCAUUUUUCUGGGCCUCAGUAACUUCAGUUUGGUAUCAGACUAUCCAUCCCUACCCUUACAGUGCAAUCUGUCUAAGAGCAGUGUCCUCCAUCUCAGUAAUUUCUGUUUGGGGUCAGCCUCCCUUUCUCAGUCAGUAUGUUUCUCCUAUUCACUUUAAAAAUUCAUCUUUGUGAUCACUGCCACAUUAUAGUCUACAAAACCAAUCAUUUGACCUCCAGUUUAAUCUCACUGGAAUUUCUCUAACAUCUGUUUGGGAUUUCAAAUGCUGCUUGUAACAAAUUGCUGGAGAAACUCAGCAGGUCAAGCAGCAUCUGAGCAGAGAAAAUGGUCAACGUUUUGAUCCAGUUAUUGAACUCAAAGCAUUGACUCUGCUUUCCCUCCACAGAUGCAGCCAAACCUGUUGAGUUUUUCCAGCAAUUCCCAUUUUUGCUGGUGUCAGAUCUCCAGCAUCCAUAGUUCUUUGUUUUAUUUUAGUUGUAAUUAUUGAUAUACAUUUUGUUAAAGAUGAAUAAGCAUUUUACUUGCCUACAAUAAUGAAGGUGACGAUAUCAUUUUGUGAUCUGUGGAAGUACUUAGUUACAAUUUCUUUGUAUUCCUGUUGCUAAUAUUUUCAGAAUAAAACUUAUUACUAUGGUUGAACACCGACUGAAAUGACUGUACAAGAACUAAAGGGUGUGGGUACUCCCGAACACAAACUUCAUUUUGGAUGAUUGGAAUCUUUAAAAGCUUGCUGAUUGAACCAUUGUUCAUAUAUUUUUCCAACCUAUUUUAGCUUACACAAGCUGAUGUUCACUGACAAAAUUUGUAGAAAAUCCAGUGAAUUUGAAGACAUUUCCCAGUCAUUUCCCCAGUCAUUUCCCAGUAUAAAGCUAUAAUUUUGUUGCUAAAUAACACAAUUUCUGCUAGAAAUCACUACAGUAAUGUUCUUAAGUCAGUACUGAGGAACCCUGCCACACCCACUUCACUCAUGUAAAAUUCCCUCCUUUUUGUAAUGCUAAUCUGCAUUAGUUUUCAGGAUCCACAUGAGUGUCUGAUGUUGGGUAGUUUUCAUAAUUUGUGAAGAAUUUGAAGAUAAGAGACUUUUUUCACUGGAUAUUAGGAAGUUGAAAGGUGACCUUAUAGAGGUUUAUAAAAUAAUGAGAGAUAUAGAUAAGGUGAAUGGCAGGUGUCUUUUCCCGAGAGUGGGGAGUUUCAAGAGUAGAGGGCAUAUUGUUAAGGUUUGAGGAGAAAGAUUUUAAAAAGACCUGAGAAGCAAUUUUUUUUUACACAGAGAGUAAUUCGUGUGUG